GUGAGGGCGUGUUACGGUUCAUGUCAUGGUGAGAAUUGACGUGUGUUUGUUCCCUUUCCUAUUUUACCGAGUUUCUUGUUUCUUCACCUUUUCUGCUGUAACCUCGGAGCCAGUUAGUGAAGCAGACCUAGCAGUAUCUGUACCUAGGAACGGAGUAGUGUAGACGCUUGUUUCGUCUCCUCGAUAUCGCGUCCUGUUGUGUGGUGUUUGAUUCCUCGUUCACCCGUCAACACCGCCAUUCCCGCCGAUUCUCGAAUCACGUCACGUCACUUACUCUCACUCUCACUCUCACCCUCGCUCUCACCGUCCUCUCCUCGCUCAUAUCUCAUCGUCGUCGCCGCCGCCCAGGAUCCAGCCUCUUCUUAAGAAUCUGCCCUGCCAAAAGCCCGACCCCACCCACCAGCGCUGUCUGUCCCCAUUUCUUGUCACGCAACUCUAUUCACCUCCUCCCCCAGUGCACCUUGUCGCUGCCAACCACCAACCACCAACCAACAUUUGCCAAACCGGUACCUCGACGGCCCAGACCAUAGGUAACAAGAAGGGAGAGAAGGGAAAAAACAAGAACUAUCAGGGAAGGAGAAGAAAAAAAAAAACUCUCAACUACGUUUGGCCUUUCACACAGCCCCCUUCAAAUGGCCCAUGGAACGACAUGAGACCCCAUAGUACCUAGCGGAACCACCACCCCCUUCUCCAGACUCAUUCCCCCCUCGGCCGUCCAUAUCAAUACGCCCCGUCGACUUGGACGUCGACAUCGCAUCGACAACGACGGCUAUCAUCGCAUCGCUGGCACCAACCAGUAAUCUCUUAAUUUCCAGAAAAACACAUCCCGCCACCCUCCUCAGGUCGGCCAGAAUUCAGUCGAACAAACUCUCGAUCGACAAUCCAUCAUUCUCCCAGUCUCCCAGUCUCCCUCCCUUCAACGAGACUGCCCAAUCUACACCGCCUCCCAAUUCCCAUUAGGCCUGGAUUCCUCACGGGUUGUUGCACUGAUUGCUACAAUUUUCUCCUGCACUUCUCUCCCUCUCUCUCACACUCUCUCGGUACCUCUAUCAAUAAGGCAGGACGGUACUGUCCCGUCUCGUUCUUUGUCUGCAAACCACCAAUUCACCCAAACCCUUCUUCUGCGGCUACCCUUCCCACCCAACUCCCUACCGAAAGCAGCCUCCAGCCAAGCAAGCCUGGACCUGGACCUGGACCUGGACCUGGACCAUACCUCCCUUUCUUCCAAAAAAGAGAGACCGAAUUGUUUUAUUUGUUUAUCCCUCUCUCUCUCUCUCUCUUUUUCUCUCUCCCCUCCUUUUUAAAUUCUCCUUUCGGUUUCGCCACUCCUUGAAAACAAAACACCACACAGGAGGACGGCAACCUGACGCCGGUAACACACAAAAUAAUCGGCCCAAGGCAGCCAGCACCAUGCCAAGGAAUAACUCGCCGCUGAGGCGGCCACGAGCUCCUACUAUCACGCUCGACACCUCGGCCGUGAACGAACAAGGAGACGAACUUCACAACACAUCAUCAACACCAUCCUCGGACAAUGGCGAUGAGGUGAACAAUACGUUGUCAGUGCCCACAAGAAAGUCAAGAUCACAGUCGUGGGACUCCAACAACACCACCUUGGCCAAGUCCAAGACGAAUGACGGCACGGACAAGGGUUCCCCAACUGUCCAACACUCAGACGCACCCAAGGGCUAUGGCUUGAACCCCGACGACGCUCUUGCACCGAACCCCGGCGAGGAAGCUUCCUUCCAUGUCGACAACAAUCCCUUUGCCUUCACGCCCGGCCAGGUUUCCAAACUUAUCAACCCCAAGAGUCUCGAUGCCUUUGUUGCCGUUGGCGGGUUGGUGGGCCUGGAAAAGGGCCUGCGGACAGACAGGCGCGCCGGCCUCAGCCUCGACGAAUCCAGGCUCGAUGGCGCUGUCAGCUUCGAUGAGGCCGUCGCUGCUGGCAAGAAGCUUCCCUCAUCCUCGGAGCCUGUACCGACAGAUUCCCUGCAGCAGGAGGCUGCUCAGCAUGGCGACAACGCAGGCAAGGGUUUUGACGACCGGAAGCGCGUUUUUGGCCUGAACCUCCUGCCUGAGAGGAAAUCGCUGUCUCUUUUGCAGCUUGCCUGGAUCGCCAUGAAGGACAAGGUUUUGAUUCUACUAAGUGUGGCAGCCGUCAUUUCUCUAGCUUUGGGACUGUACCAGACCUUCGGUGCGACACAUCACGGAGACGAUACGGCCAAGCUCGAAUGGGUCGAGGGUGUGGCCAUCAUCGUCGCUAUCACAAUUGUCGUAGUCGUUGGUUCCAUCAACGAUUGGCAAAAGGAACGCCAGUUUCGCAAGCUGAACCAGAAGAAGGAGGACCGCGUCGUCAAGGUCAUUCGUUCAGGAAAGCCCGCCAACCUCUCAGUGCACGAAAUUCUCGUUGGAGAUGUCAUGCUGCUGGAGCAGGGAGACAUUAUCCCCGUUGACGGCGUUUUCAUUGACGGUCACAAUGUCAGCUGCGACGAGUCGUCCGCCACCGGAGAGUCGGAUCUCAUCAAGAAGGUGCCUGCCGACGCCGUCAUGAAGGCAUUAUUCGAGGAGGAAGUGAACCCCAAGAAGCUUGAUCCCUUCAUCAUUUCUGGCGCCAGAGUCCUUGACGGUGUUGGCACGUUCCUCGUCACCGCUGUUGGCGAGAACUCCAGCCACGGCAAGACCAUGAUGUCCCUUCGCGACGACCCCGGCAUGACUCCUCUGCAGCUGAAGCUCAACAUUCUUGCGGGAUACAUUGCAAAGCUCGGCAGUGGUGCUGGUUUGCUGCUUCUCGGCGUCCUCACGAUCGAAUUCCUGGCUCACCUCCCGCAGAACGAUGGUACCCCUGAGGAAAAGGGCCAGCGGUUCUUGCAAAUUCUCAUCACCUCCAUCACCAUUAUCGUCGUUGCCGUUCCUGAGGGUCUACCUCUGGCCGUCACACUGGCCCUGGCGUACGCAACCAAGCGGAUGACAAAGGAGAACAACCUCGUCCGACACUUGCAAUCAUGCGAGACCAUGGGCAAUGCCACCGUCAUUUGCUCCGACAAGACCGGUACCCUUACUGAGAACGUCAUGACUGUCGUGGCCGGCACUCUGGGCACCGGCAAGUUCCGUUUCACCGCCGUCGACGACCAAACUGCCGAUACGCAGGAUGGAACUCAUGAGCAGGUCACUGGAGACGACAAAAAGGUUCACAAGGAGCCUGCAGCCGAAGUCACCAUGUCGAAGCUCUCAUCGGCCCUGGACCCCGAGUUCAGAGAUCUUGUCAAGCAGUCCGUGGCCAUGAAUACGACUGCUUUUGAAACGGAAGAGAACGGAAAGCAGCUCUUUGUAGGCACCAAGACGGAGACGGCCCUCCUCGACUGGGCUCGCCGAUGCUUCGCCCUGCAGCAAAUCGCCAUCGAGCGAGAGAACUGCCCCAUCGAGCAGCUUUUCCCCUUUAACUCGAAGCGAAAGGCUAUGGGCGCUGUUGUGCGCUUGCCCACCAACAAGUACCGCUUCUUCGUCAAAGGCGCCCCCGAAAUCCUCUUGGGACAAUGUUCCCACGCUGUCACCGACCCGACCAAGCCCUCCGGUACAGCCUCAAUGGCCUCGGAGCAGCAGGAGGCGAUCCGCCAGAUCAUCACCGAUUACGCCCGCCGAUCCCUUCGCACAAUCGCCCUCGGAUACCGCGACUUUGAGCAAUGGCCCCCCGAGAACGUACGCAAGGAGGAAGGUUCCCAAAACGUUGAGUUCUCCGGCAUCUUCAAGAACCUCACGUGGGUGGGUGUUGUCGGUAUCCAAGACCCUGUCCGCGCUGGUGUUCCCAAGGCUGUGCAGGAUUGCCGCACCGCCUCCGUGUCUGUGAAGAUGGUUACCGGCGACAACGUCGAGACCGCCAGAGCGAUUGCGAGAGACUGCGGCAUCCUGACCGAGAAGGGCAAGGUCAUGGAAGGUAUUGAGUUCCGCCGCAUGGAUGACCGUGAGCGAAUUGCUGUUGUCAGAGACCUUUGCGUGUUGGCUCGUUCGAGUCCCGAGGACAAGAAGAUCCUGGUCAAGGCCCUGAGGAGCUUGGGCGAGGUUGUCGCCGUCACGGGAGACGGCACAAAUGACGCGCCUGCUCUCAAGUCGGCGGAUGUCGGCUUCUCCAUGGGUAUCACCGGAACCGAAGUUGCCAAGGAAGCCUCGGACAUCAUCCUGAUGGACGACAACUUCUCGUCCAUUGUCAAGGCCAUGGCUUGGGGCCGCGCCAUCAACGAUGCCGUCAAGAAGUUCCUGCAGUUCCAGAUCACCGUAAACAUCACGGCCGUCAUCCUCACCUUCGUCACCGCUGUGGGCAGCGAAACGCAAGAGCCCGUGUUGAACGCCGUUCAGCUUCUAUGGGUGAACCUUAUCAUGGAUACCUUCGCCGCCCUCGCCCUCGCCACCGACCCUCCUACCGAGAGCAUGCUCCGCCGGAAACCUGAGGCCAAGACGGCCGCCCUGAUCAACACGCCCAUGUGGAAGAUGAUCAUCGGCCAGUCCAUCUACCAGCUCAUUGUCACCCUCAUUCUGCAUUUUGCCCGCCCGGCCGGUAUCAACAACUACCCGGAAGGCCAGCGCAAGACGCUCGUGUUCAACGUCUUCGUCUUCAUGCAGAUUUUCAAGCUCAUCAACAGCAGACGCAUCGACAACAAGCUGAACAUUUUUGAGGGAAUCACCAAGAACAAGCUAUUCGCUCUCAUGAUGGCCAUCAUGGCCGGCGGCCAGAUCCUCAUCGUUUACGUUGGCGGCGCCGCCUUCAAGGUCGAGCCUCUUAAUGGACCGCAAUGGGGUAUUUCUAUUGUCCUUGGCUUCCUUUCCGUCCCUGUUGGCAUUCUAAUCCGUCUCGUUCCCGACGCCGUCUUUGUGGCACUCGUUAAGCCCUUCGCCUGGUGCUGGUCCAAGAUUCCCAAGUGGAAGCGCAAGAAGAAGACGGAAGACGAGGAUGCCGAGCACCUGGGUGGUGUCAAGGAUGCGCUGAUGGAGAUCAGAGACGACCUGGCGUUCCUGAAGCGUAUCAAGGGAGGAAGAAUCAGCCAGAUCAGCGAGGUCAUUAUGAAGCCCCGCGAGUACCGCGAGAGAACCCGCAGCCGGAGUGGUUCCAGAUCUUCCAGCAGGCAUAACACGUCCCCGAUGAAGGCCGCUCUGGGCAUGCCCGGUAUCGUGGCCGCCAGUGUUGGUGGCCUGUCGCCUGUCGAACGGCCGGUGUCUCACGACAGCCGGACCAACGAGGGAGGAAACGAAUUGGAGGUGCCGCGGGCCUGAGUCGACCACAGGGAGUGCGCCCGUCCAUAUCUCAUGGGCCAGCAUCCGCCUCGCUGCGCAUCGAUGCGCCCUUUGGCGUAAGGGUCGGUCCAUUUUGUUUUGUUCAUCAAUAGCUGAGCGUGUGUGUGCUUUUUCUUCAACUUAUUACCCUUCAUGUUACGAACGAAUCGAGGUUCGAAAUGUGGCAUUCUCGUCUCUUAUUUUCCUUGGACCGAUCGAACGAUACGAUACGACUUGAGCAAAAAACAAAACCCCCUUUUUGCCUUUACAACCUGUACGAUAUUCACCAAACAAACACACAAACCAAUCGAUAGACCGCCGACCGUGUACGCUGCGAAGACCGAAUACCAGAAUUAGUUAAUGUUCAAU